UUGUCAGCCUUACCUAGUUUUUCACACCAACAUGAUCAGAGUUGCGAAAUGACAUGCACAGCAGCACUAAAAGCAACUGAGAUUCACACCAACAAAUCAUGACAAUCAUCUGAACAACUUCAAGAUGGUUUCUGCCAUUACUGAAUUUUUGAAGAGUUUUGAUGACCCAGUUGGCAAGUACACAAGCUCUAUAAGAAAGUGUAGUUGAAGUGUAUAUGGCUCUUUGAUGACUAGGGCUCGAAACUCUAUCGUGGUCAAUAACCUUGGUUUGUCCCCACGCGCCAUUAAAGAGUGUAGUUGUUGUACGUCAUUUCCAGCGGACAACCUCGGGCGGCACAGUUUUGUCCUUUUGAUCUGGGCUUCUCUCUCCUUGGGAAUUAGAAUCCAAGCCACUUGAACUAGAGUCAACUACUUGCUUAGCCUGUAAAAGAAACGCACAUCUUCAGUCACUCAAACAACGGAAUAUAUAGCUUCCAUGGCUUCUCUGUCAGCUUCUCCCCCAAAAUGCAUGCUCCAUAUUCCCACAACACAUGACUAUCUCUUGCAUGAUUUAUGUCUUGUUCCAAGAAAUCUUUCACUUAUGAAACAAGGGUCUCUCAGAGAAUUGAGAUUCGUUAGAAGUUCUAAUCAAACUGAACCUUUGAUUGAUUCUACUGAUAAACUAUCAGACAUUCCUCUCCUGUCUUGCUCAGAGGCUAUGGAAAGGCUAAAACAGAAGAGAGAAAACCAAAAAGGAAAGCAGCAAUUCCUGGCUAUGUACUCUAGCAUUUUUGGUGGAAUAGUGACUGAUGCUGGAGCUAUGGUGAUCCCUAUGGAUGACCACAUGGUUCAUAGAGGGCAUGGUGUCUUUGAUACUGCUGCAAUAAUGAACGGUUACCUCUAUGAAUUAGAGCAGCAUAUUGCCCGCAUUAUAAGGUCAGCAUCAAUGGCAAAAAUUGUUCUUCCAUAUGAUCAUGAGACUAUAAGAAGAAUUCUUGUACAAACUGUAAGUGCUUCUAAGUGUACAAAAGGAUCACUGAGAUACUGGAUUUCGGCUGGACCAGGUGACUUUCAACUAUCACCUUCUGGCUGUCACCAACCAGCUCUCUAUGCCAUUGUGAUUGAAGAUCAAUCUUUGUUUGAUUCAAGAGGCGUCAAAGUAGUUACGUCAUCAGUCCCCAUAAAACAUCCCCUGUUUGCCACCAUGAAGAGUGUAAAUUACCUUCCAAAUGUGCUUUCAAAGAUGGAAGCUGAAGAAAAAGGUGCAUAUGCAGCAAUUUGGCUUGAUGAAGAUGGAUUUGUUGCUGAAGGGCCUAAUAUGAAUGUGGCAUUUGUUACAAAGGAAAAGGAGCUUCUGAUGCCCAGCUUUGACAAAAUUUUGAGUGGUUGCACAGCUAAGAGAGUUUUGACUCUUGCAGAGGGACUGGUGAGAGAUGGGAAGCUUCAUGGAAUAAGAGUGGAUAACGUGAGUGUUGAGGAAGGGAAAAGAGCAGAUGAAAUGAUGCUUAUCGGCAGUGGAGUCCUUGUUCGCCCUGUAGUGCAGUGGGAUGAACAGGUCAUCGGCAAUGGCGAAGAAGGUCCUAUAACCCUGACUCUCUUGAAUUUUAUCCUAGAGGACAUGAAAUCUGGUCCCUCUUCCGUCCGAGUACCUGUUCCUUAUUGAAGCAAGCUUGAUCCAGUAUCUUGGUAUCAGAAGGUUUGACUUGAAUUUGUGAGAGGUUGUUGCCAUGAAUCUGCUUCUUGCUUGUAGGCUAUGCAGAUAGACAUAACAACUCAGUAUUCUAUAAUGCAAAGCAGUACUGUUUGUAAAUUAAACAGUUAGCUACAAUAAGCAGUGGACAUUUGUCUUCUUUUGCUUGAAAAUGUCUGGAUUUGUUCUCAUUUUCUAAUUUUGUGCACCCAAAAUUGGAGGUUGCAAAAGCACAUGUAAUCCAACAGCCAUAUAAAAACUAAUAAGCAGCAAAAAUCAGGCCUUAAAUCCAUCUGCACAUUGGCAAUGCUCAAAGUUGAAUGAUCAGCCAAAUUGUUGGGACUUGGCUGGCUGUUACUUUGUUAAACAAAAUUUGAUCUGGUAAUGAUUGUUGAAACAUGAGGAACCUGAAAUUUAGGUCUAAAAAAGCAAGUGAAGAAUCUAGU